UACUUCAUUUUGCCUUUGGGGAGCCUGCCUGAAUACUUGAACCGAAGCACUUAGCAAGACACAGCUUUUCCUGUGUGUACAGAUUGUUUCUGUGUUCUUUUUCCUCAUAGUAGCGGAGUCCUGGAUAGUGACUUCAUAGGACGAUAGAUUUCUUAUUUUAAAAGCACCAUGAGGCAUCCACUUCCACGGGGGCAGAAGCCCCCUGUGGUUUUAGAGUGCCGGUCUUUGAGAUGUCACUGAGAAGUGAAAGGCAUGUGGAUGCAUUGACGCUGAAGAGGAUUGCUGCAGACAUGAGCAGUAUAAUAGAGAGCCUGGACACGAGGGAGCUCCACUUCGAGGGGGAAGAGGUGGAUGCGGAGGUGCUAAGUGAUCCAAAAGCCGCCGUGAGCAUUUCGUUCUCUGCGAUUUAUCACACCCGUGGAUUCAAAGAGCCGGAUGUACAGACGUAUCUCAAGGGCUGUCCUGUUAAAGUGCGUGUUUUGGAAGUUGAGCGUUUUACUUCAACAAAGAAGGUACCAAGUCCAAAUGUUUACACUAUCGAGUUAACACACGGAGAAUUCACAUGGCAAGUGAAAAGGAAGUUCAAGCACUUUCAGGAAUUUCACAGGGAACUGCUGAGGUACAAGGCCUUUGUACGAAUCCCGAUCCCGACGCGGAGUCACACGGUGAGAAGACAAUCUAUCAAAAGGGGAGAACCAAGGCAGAUGCCAAGUCUGCCACAUACCUCAGAGAGUACGGUCCGAGAAGAGCACUUCUCUAGCAGGAGGAAACAGCUGGAAGACUACUUGACAAAGAUCUUAAAAAUGCCGAUGUACAGGAACUACCAUGGAACAAUGGAAUUCAUUGGAGUAAGUCAGCUGUCGUUCAUCCAUGACCUAGGACCAAAGGGCAUAGAAGGUAUGAUCAUGAAGCGGUCCGGGGGCCACAGAAUACCUGGUCUGAACUGCUGCGGCCAAGGAAGGAUGUGCUACCGAUGGUCCAAAAGGUGGCUGGUAGUGAAAGACUCUUUCCUGCUGUACAUGAAGCCAGAUACUGGGGCCAUUGCCUUUGUCUUGCUGGUGGAUAAAGAAUUCAACAUUAAGAUAGGCCAGAAAGAAACAGAAACUAAAUAUGGGUUGCAGAUCGACAAUCUCUGUAGGUCGCUGAUUUUGAAGUGUAACAGCUACAGGCAUGCCCAGUGGUGGAGGCAGGGAAUAGACGAAUUCAUUCGGAGAAACGGCAAGAACUUUCUAACGGAGCACAGAUUUGGGUCCUACGCAGCCGUGCAGGAGAACACGUUGGCAAAGUGGUAUGUAAAUGCUAAGUGGUACUUUGAAGAUGUUGCAAAUGCCAUGGAAGCAGCUAAAGAAGAAAUUUUCAUCACAGAUUGGUGGCUGAGCCCAGAAAUCUUCAUGAAACGACCUGUUGUAGAAGGAAAUCACUGGAGACUGGACUGCAUUCUCAAGCGAAAAGCACAACAAGGAGUGAGAAUUUUCGUUAUGCUGUAUAAAGAGGUGGAGCUUGCCCUAGGAAUCAACAGUGGAUAUAGCAAGCGGACACUCAUGCAUCUCCAUCCAAACAUUAAGGUGAUGAGACACCCAGACCACGUGUCCUCAUCCGUGUACCUCUGGGCCCACCACGAGAAGCUUGUUAUCAUCGACCAGUCCGUGGCAUUUGUUGGCGGCAUCGACUUGGCCUACGGCAGGUGGGACGAUGAUGAACAUCGCCUGACUGAUGUUGGCAGUGUUAAACGCAUGGCGGCAACAAAGUCAGCGUCGACAAUCAAUCUGGCAUCUGCAGCUGAGUCAUCUGAACAUAUCGCCCUGGAGUCUCAAGCUAUGUCCCCAGACAACCAUCUGCUCCAGAGAAAUGCUGAAGAUGCCUCAGAUGCUUCAAAAAUGAAAGGGAUAGGAAAACCCAAAAAGUUUUCAAGGUUCAGUAUUUACAAGCAUCUCCAGAAACAUGGCAUGCACCAUGCUGAUAGCAUCAGCAGCAUAGACAGUGAGUCAAGUUAUUGUAACCCUAAUAGAAGUCAACCGAAUAUAAUCCAGAGUUUAAAACCCCAUCUGAAAAUGUUUCAUCACCACACUGAAUCCAAACAGAGGCUCGCUGAGCCUCAGGAGGAUAAAGGGUCAAUCCGCAGCCUGAAGACAGGUGUUGGCGAGCUGCUCGGGGAAACGAGAUUCUGGCAUGGAAAAGACUACUGCAACUUUGUCUUUAAAGACUGGGUUCAGCUCGACAAACCUUUUGCUGAUUUCAUUGACCGACACACCACACCCAGGAUGCCGUGGCAUGACAUCUCCUCUGUGGUGCAUGGCAGAGCUGCGCGCGACGUUGCACGGCACUUCAUUCAGCGCUGGAACUUCACCAAGAUCAUGAAGCCCAAAUACCGAUCCCUGUCCUACCCAUUCCUGUUGCCGAAAUCUCAGGAAACUGCUAAUGAGUUGAAGUACCAGGUGCCUGAGACUGUUCAUGCCACGGUCCAGGUGAUCCGUUCUGCUGCUGACUGGUCGGCUGGCAUUAAAUACCACGAAGAGUCCAUCCACAACGCUUACAUCAGCGUGAUAGAAAACAGCAAGCACUACAUAUACAUAGAAAACCAGUUCUUUAUUAGCUGUGCUGAUGACAAAGUUGUCUGGAACAAGAUAGGAGAUGCGAUUGCUCAGAGGAUUCUUAAAGCUCACAGGGAGAACAAGCGUUUCCGAGUGUACGUGGUGAUCCCGCUGUUGCCUGGCUUUGAAGGAGAUAUCUCGACGGGAGGCGGGAACGCGCUGCAGGCCAUCAUGCACUUCAACUACAGGACCAUGUGCAGGGGAGAAAACUCAAUUCUGGGCCAGCUGAAGGCAGAGGUUGGAGAUAAGUGGAUAAACUACAUAUCGUUCUGUGGACUUCGAACAUAUGCAGAGCUGGAAGGAAAACUAGUCACUGAACUCAUCUACGUUCACAGCAAACUGCUUAUUGCUGAUGACAACACUGUCAUAAUUGGCUCUGCUAACAUCAACGACCGCAGCAUGCUUGGGAAACGGGACAGCGAAAUAGCAAUCAUCGUGCAGGACACGGAAACCGUCCCCUCCGUGAUGGACGGAGAGCCCUACAGCGCUGGGAAGUUCGCCCAGUCUCUCCGCCUUCGCUGCUUCAGGGUCAUACUUGGUAGCUCUGACCUCAAUUCAGACCACCAGGAUCCUGUCUGUGACAAAUUCUUCAAGGAGGUGUGGAUCGCAACAGCGGCCCGCAAUGCCACCAUCUUCGAUAAGGUUUUCCGAUGCCUUCCCAGUGACCAGGUGAAUAACUUAGCCCAACUGCGUGAUUUCAUCAACAAACCAAAAUUAGCAAACGAUGAUCCUGUGAAAGCAACAGAAGAAUUGAAAAAGAUCCGUGGGUUUCUAGUACAAUUCCCCUUUCGUUUUCUGGAGGAAGAAUACUUGCUUCCUUCUGUUGGAACAAAAGAAUCCAUGGUGCCAAUGGAGGUUUGGACUUAAGAAGAUUGAGACUACUUUGCAUUUUAAAGUCUAGUUCUCUAAAGACAAGUUUAUGAACAGUAUAGGAUUUCAGAAAGCUGCUUUUUGCCAAGGGAGGCAAAAAAGGUCUCUGCCAAACUAACGUGCCUUUUGUAAGGAUUUUGGUGGAGGAACUUCAAGCAAAUUGACACUAGCAAAGGAGAGGAUCAGAAAGACUUGGAAAUUAUGACAAAUGAGAGGUCUAUUCUCUGAAGAAGAUACUUCUUUAGACAAUUGCUGAGCACCUAAAGGAUGCAGGCUGCUCCCUAGGAAGGGAAACAAAUCCUAAUACAUAUUAUUACUACUGCCAGUGUGGUUGUAACGUACAGUAGUUGUGAUGUGGCUACACAGGAGCUGCGGGAUGCGUGUGCUUUCUAGAGCUUUCAGAUAUCAGUGCGUUUGCUUGCUGGAGCCCCUCAUCUCAUCCCUGUUCGUAUUCUGCCGGGAUGCUGCUCGCAGCUCUGGCAUUGCUGGGAAGUGCUGCUUGACGCUGUGCCAGGCGUUCCUAUGAUCACAGCUUGUCAAGGGUUGAUGUUUAAGUUCUUUAUCGGGAACGGACUAACAAUCUUUUAUCAAAAUUGGUAUUUUGGUCUCUUCUCCCCUCUCGGCGGGGGGAAAUAUUUUUACUACAGCUAGAGCAAUCAGCAGUCCUUGCAAUACGCAGCACGGUGCUGUGUAGAUCUUAGCAAAGGGCAGCCUCGAUGGAGCUGAAGGUGUCAGAAAUCGCUAGUUUUCUGGCUGUUACAGACAUGUAGUACAUCAAUUUGUUUAAACUGCAGGAAGGCUUUCUCCAAGAGAGAAACAAGUUUUAAACUGAAGCCUUAGAUCUUCCUUGCUGAAGGAAAGUGAGGUGCUAUGUGUGACAGGGAACAGAAACUUGAAAGCUAGCUUGGCCAGGUUCAGCUCUGUGCUUCGGAUCCUUUGCCCACGCAUUUAUAUUGCAUUAAAUAUAGAGACUUUUCUUUGCAUUCCUUUUUCUCCCUAUUUAAAAGAAGGGAGAGCUGAAAUGUCAGGCCAGCUGUGCUCAAGCUAAGUUCACACCUUUUUUUUUUCCCCACUUUGUAGUUUGGGUGAGUGCAAGGGAGAAGGGGAGAGCUUGUGUCUGGGGUCUGCUUUGUUGUUAGACUGGCCACAGUCAGUCAUGCAGAACAUGUCUUCCCAAGUACAGGCAAAACUUAACAUGCCCAGUCCUGCUUUGCAUUUGUGUAAGACAAAACUAGUUUUUCCAAAACUAUUUUGCAUCUUGCUGGGUAGCGAAUCAGCCAUGCAUAUACUGGACAAAUCGCUGCUGCUCCUGGGUCAGGACGUUGCCGGUUGGUGCCUCCCCGGGUCUGUAUGCCAUCCCCCAUCCCGUGCGUCUCCCAGGUUCAUGUCCUCCCUCGUACUAGCUGUAAGCGUCGCAGCUGUGUGCCCCAGAGGAUGGGAACGCCGUGUCGAACACUAAGAGAGAGCAGACUGUUGGAAAUACCUAACGGGAGAGUCUGGUCCGCAAAGCGGGAAGCUGAACUCCUCUGCUGCAAGUGCUGCCGAGGGGAGGCCCUUCGCUAGCUGGGCUGCGGAUGUGCUCCCUAAGCCUGUGCUCCUCAAAAUGCUCAACGCUCUUUAGUCAGAAGACCAGAUGAACCUUUAUUUACUUUAGUUUAAAAAAAAAAGAAAAAAAAAAGAAAAAAAAAAGGCCUUCAUAGGGAAGAGGUUUUUUCCCCUCUGUUUGAGCUUCCAACAAUCUUAUCUCUUGAACUGGAAAAGAAUCACGCCGUUCCUCAAGCUCACCCUAAAACACGGCGGGCACCAUCACGCCGUUCCUUAAGCUCAGCGUAAAACACAGCGGGCACCAUCACUUACAUUUUAGCUGAUUGUCUUCUGCAUCUUAAAUGUAAAUAGGUACCAAGUAAUUUUGUACGCAGUGUGACCUGAGUGAGUAACAAACAUACAUUCCUCAAGGGCAGCCACAGUUUCAGCCGGUUCCUGCAAUUUCUGUUUUAUGCUGAUGUUUUAUAGGUGCAGUUGUGGAUUACAGUCCUUUGUACUUGGUGAGUCUGUGGUCUGGUUAGCCGGCUGGAAGUGCAUGCGCAGCAUUUUAGGUGAUAAUCUUGACUGGCCCAGGGGGUUGAGGCUCUGGCUGGUGCACUGUAAAUAGAUAAGUAUGUUACCUUGAUUAUUUCCCUUAAAAAACUGACCUGGGGUCACCCCCUGCAGAGCCAGAGCACUACGCCGUGCCCUGAGCAUUUGCAAUCAAGAAAAGAUCAAAGGUGUCUUGGUAUUUCGUGCUAGUGCUAGCUAGGUCGGAGCUUUUCAUCUCUUGAUAGGUUUUUAGCUCUUUCAGUUUGAACGAUGCUGCUAACUCGGAACGAUUGUAGCCUGCCAGAGAAGCCGUGUGAGGCACGUAGAUCUGUGUUCAUGGCUGGAAAGGAAGCACUCAACCCCACCGCGGUUACAUGUGAACCUCGAAGAAGUGUGCGAUUCCCAUCGUCUUCUAAGUGCUCUUACUGUCCCCGUCGCCACAUCAGCAAUGGCUCUUACAAUCAUCGAACUACCCGUAUAUUGUCUUUUGAGGUAGCAGCUAAGCGUGGGGGCUUCAUCACUCCAAUGGCACCGAGUCCCCCGCUCCCAGGCUGCUUUAGAGAGAAGCCACCCAAGUCGUGCACGGCUCGGAGCACCCUGCGGUGGCUGCCGGUCUCAAACGCCCUGGCAGAGCCACCGAGUUGAGAAUUAAUUUACUGAUGCUGUAUAAGGUGCUAAUUUAGAAGGUCUUUCCAUGUUGAAGUAGCAGACAGGCCUCACAUGGGCUCUCUGGCCAGGAGCAGAUUUCUCAGUCUGAGCGGAGAAUCCACUUUUAAUACGUUCAGCCCUUCGCUGUGGUGUUGCCGAAUUCCCGAUAUCAGCAGGAGUUUUUGCACGCGUACACGUGUGUGUGUUGUUUUUCCUUUCUGGAGAGAGGGAAGGAAUAAUGUUGGUAUUCAAACAAGAAUAAAAGCAAUGCAGAAGAGGGCCGUACUGUCAGGCACUGCUUGUAUUCCCGUACCCGCCUUCGCUGUGCAGAGCCUCCAAAAGCCCCCAUCCACGCGCGUGCCGGAGUUUUCUUUCUUAUAUUAAGAAGCCACUCCAAGGGUGAGGCUUAACACCUGGAGAGAAUUUAUUUCUGUACCUAAACAAUCACUACUUAGCACCGUAGCGUUUUUGCUUUUAGUACAUUCACCAGACUGCAGAGGAAUCGCUUGCAAAUGUACAGUGCUGCAGCUAGUGACAUGGUUUGGGUACCAGCAAGCCCUGAAGCAGCCGUUUCUUGUGCAAUUUAUUUGCUAGAACUAUGAGAAAUGAGAGAGAUUUCUCCCAGGCUCUAUUUUUUUUUUCCCCAACCUGAAAUGAAGCCUACCUUUUUUUAAUGUAUUCCUUAAUAGGUGCCACUCUGAGAACUCGCACUCCUUACCACACCUUUAUAUAUUUUUAAAUAUUACGAUAUUUUAAUAUAUAUAUUUUGUUGUAUAGUGGCUGGAUUGGAUAACAUUUUUAGUAUGGAAUUGAUGCAUGGUUUUUAAAAAAAGAGGGAUAAAAUGGCAUCAUAUUUAAGAAUUUCACAAAACAUAAUUUGUAGAAGAAAUGCUCUAGUGCUCCAUGGCAGAUGCAGUGCUCAGCUCAGCCUCUGGUCUCUCAGUCUCCACUUGCUGCGGUUGGGCAUGUGCAGAGGCAGCGUCUCUGCAGCCUGAUCUUCUCUGCAGUCAGCUGAUGUGAAAAUGGGGAUUGUCCCCAAGCAGGCAAGUGCAUUUGUCACUCUUCAUCCUAAGAAGGGAUGUUUUAACUAAGGCAAACACAUGAAAUAUCUCUUGGUAUUAUAAAGUGAGACUUUUACCAGUGGGAGUGUGUGCAGGGAGAAAACCUCCGCAGGCCCACACCAGGCAAGCACGUUUCUCACCCAAGGUAGCCACCAGUAAAGUUGCCUGGCUUGAUGUGAGCUUUGAUAGAUUAAAACCCAAACAAAAACUUCCUUUGAUCGAGUCUGAGAACCUGAUUUCACAAUCCUGGUGCUGUCCCCUGGGGGAGACCUCGGUGAGGGUUUUGCUUAGGUGGGACCCUGAUGGUAGUAAUUCCCGGUAUCUUUAUUUCUUCCAAGGCAACAUCCAUGUACAAUCAGACUCAGUCUUGGCUUGCUGUUGUUCUUUCACUGUAAUAAUUUUUUUUGUGCAUUUGUAGUAAACAUAGUGUGGGUGGCGUAGCUUAUAUAGGGAAGCUGCACUUGUGGGCCGCAGAAAGAAAUGUCUGCAUGGUCCUUUUGAUGAGUGCAGUUUCCUCUUCCUCCUGCCACAUGGAAAGACCCAAAUCCACACAGGUCUAAACUGACCCACCUUGCUCAGCCGCGGCACCCUCGGUGCCGGUGGCCCUGAAUCGGGGAUGGGGUAGAGGUUGGCAUCUCCCGGGGGGCCGCAAGACUUCAUUGCACUCGCACAGCAUCUCGUGGCCCUGGUUCUGCAAAGUCAAGUGGGCAAUCUUGUGCAUCACCGAAACCCUGCCGAAAUCGGGACCUCAUCAGAAUCGAGGUUAAACCAGGAGCACGGCGCUGAGGCGGUGAAUUAAGUUAAACGUGCAGAACUGAGAGAAAUCAGAGCGGAACAGACCCACACGCUGUAAAGUGGCAGCUGAAUGCAGCGAUCCUCUUUGGGUCUUUUCUUGGCCUGUUUUAUUAUUGUAUUUUCAAGUAUUGGUGAUUAUUCUGUUUUUAACCUCCCAGUGUGUUUUCAUAAAAUCUCAUAGCUGUAAAUAAUUCUUACUUACCUGGCUCUUUCCUGACACUUGGGAAAUGAGAGAAAAUAGCAUCAGAAUUCACAGUUGUGGGACUGUUUCUCUGAAUCGCGUCUCUGGCUAAACUGAUUGACAACGUGAGAGCUUCCAGUUGGGACGUGAGCGCAGGUCUCCGUGCGUCUCCACCUUCCCGCGGUGCCGCCGCGAGCACUGACUAUUCCUUCUGUGAAGGCUGCUGGAUUUGACCGUUUUGUAUCCUUGUUUCCGCUCAUGACUGCUUUCCUUUCCACUCUGUUCGUAUUUGGUAAACGAAUGUGUAUUAAUAGACUGAAAAUACAACUGAACAUCAUGUGUCAAAGCA